GAAUGAUAAUACAAAACACAAACGUACGUGAAACAAAAUUAACAAACAUACUAAUGGCUUCCAGCGAACCGUGGUUACUCGAAAAUGGCUCAGAGAAGCGACUAACCAAGGAGACCAGACAUGGCCAUGGUCACAGCCGAACCGCACACAACAAGUCCGCAUCAUCCCUUCGCAGAAAAUCCGAUAGAUCCCUUGUGUCAAAAGUACCUUGUUCAACUCUUAGAAAUCUUUUAGCCAAUGUACAAGAGGUCAUUUUGGGUACUAAACUAUGCAUUCUUUUCAUUGCGAUUCCUUUCGCCAUUGCCGCUCAAUACUUCGGUUUCGCAAGGCCAUGGGUGUUUUCGUUAAGUUUACUUGGAUUAAUACCUCUAGCAGAACGUGUCAGCUUUCUAACAGAGCAAAUUGCUUACUACACUGGUCCAACAGUGGGAGGACUGUUAAAUGCAACAUGUGGAAAUGCAACAGAGUUGAUCAUAGCAAUAUUUGCAUUGAUGGAAAACAAAGUGGAUGUUGUUAAAUAUUCUCUCUUGGGUUCUAUUCUCUCUAACCUUCUUUUGGUUCUUGGCACUUCUCUUCUUUGUGGUGGCAUUGCCAAUAUGUCAGUUGAACAGAAAUUUGAUAGGAAACAAGCAGAUGUGAACAUAGCAUUACUUCUGUUGGGGCUGUUAUGCCAUGUGUCGCCACUGAUGUACAGAUAUGCAUCCGCAAUUAACGAUACUACUUCAGCUACUGAUGUACUAAACACUACAAAAGCAAUACUGAAUUUGUCAAGAACUAGUUGUGUUGUCAUGCUUAUUGCUUAUUUUGCUUACAUUGUCUUCCAACUAUUGACUCACCGCCACAUCUUUGAAACCCAAGAGGAAGACAAUGAGGAUGGGAGUGAAGAUGAAACCCCAGUAAUUGGGUAUUGGAGUGGAUUGAUUUGGCUAAUUGGGAUGACUGCUAUCAUCUCAUUGUUGUCUGAAUACCUGGUGGACACAAUUGAGGAAGCCUCAACUUCAUGGGGGAUAUCAGUGAGCUUCAUCAGCAUCAUUGUGCUACCAAUUGUUGGAAAUGCAGCUGAGCAUGCCGGAGCCGUCAUCUUUGCUUUCAAGAAUAAACUGGAUAUAACUCUGGGUGUGGCACUAGGUUCUGCAACUCAAAUCGCCGUUUUUGUGGUACCAAUGAGUGUAGUUGUUGCAUGGAUAAUUGGCAUCAAAAUGGAUCUUGAUUUUAACUUACUUGAAACGGGUUCUCUUGCUCUCACAAUUAUAGCUACAUCCUUUACAUUACAGGAUGGAACUUCUCAUUACCUUAAAGGAGUAGUCCUUCUGCUUUGCUACUUUGUAAUUGGAGCUAGUUUCUUUGUGCAAAUUUCUCCAACUGUACCCGGAGACAAUGCUUUGAACAUGAGAUUUAAAUCUACAAACCAAGGGAUCUUUAGAGUUUGAAAGGCUUUGAGUUUGUGGGAUGAAUUAAAUCUACAUACAUGGAUGAUGACACCUUCAUUACUUAUUUCUUUGAUUGGAGCGGGACAUAUAGAAAGAUGUACGAUUGUUGCUUUUUUAGUGCAAGUAGAAGCUUUGGAGGUCACUGGGUUCUUGUUGAUUGUUCUACAUAUUUCCUUUUUGUUAUCUCGAAUAUGGUAAUACAUUACGUGCAUGUAUAUAUGCGCAGUCGUAUAAUGUUUGAUAAAUAAUAAUCAAGGUUUAUUUUGA